AUGAAUUCUAAAAUUAUUUUAAAAAUAAUUAUAUUUUUAAUUUCGUUAUUAUCAAUAUCAACCUAAUCAAUUAAAUUCUAAUAACCCUCAAAAAUAUCGUCUCGUCUAACCCAAGAAACUAAAGACCCUUAAUCAUAAUCUAAACCCAAUUCAGAAUCUCAACCCAAUUCUUAAUCUCAAAAUAAUCCAUAAGCAAAUUCUGAAACCGAUGACGAUGAUUUUGAUGAUAAUAGCAACUAAAAACCCACAGAUAACACAUAGACAACUUAAAAUUCUUAAAAAGAUCCUUUUUAACCUGAUAUAAGUACUGUUUAUAAAAUUUAAUCAACUCGCAUAUAGAUCGGUGAAUAUAAAAAAAUCGAACAUUAAUUUAAAAAAGAAAUUGAUGAUUAUUAACCGGUGGCUUUUAAUUAUUUUGUAGUUGAUAAAAAGCUCUCUUCAGAUAAAGAGAUUACUAUAAUGGUAAAUGGACGCGCAGACUAUUCUCAUUCUCCAUUACUUAUUAUAAGUACGUAAAAUUAAUAUCCUGAUUUAUCCUCUUAAAACGAUAUUUUCUGUGGCUUUAAAGGAGUAGAUUUUUGCUCGAUUAAUUCUCAGGAUAUUAUUGAAAAUCAUGCAUAUUAUAUCGGCAUUUUCUGCUAGAAAUCCUGCAGAUUUUCCAUCUAAGUGAUUUAUGAGACUACUUCUACACUUAAGCUUGGAGAAGUGUCCCGAUAUGUAUUCCCUGAUGACGGAAAAGCACAACAUAUGGUCGCUUAUAUUGAAGUCGAAGAAUCUUCAUCGAAUAGUAAUGCAUAUGAGCAUGUUUUAAUUGAAUCUUAUUUAUUAAAUGCUUUAGAUGUGAAUGGAUCUUUCCAUAUAUAUGUUAAAAAAGGUGAUAGUAUUCCAAACCCAAGUGAUUAUGACUAUAAUUCUGAGGAAUUAAUGUUAAAUGGACUUGCAGUUUUGAUUGAAGAUAAAGGCAAAAUUUUAAAUAAAAGUAAAUAAAUCUACACUAUAGCAAUAUCAGCGCCUUCUGGUUCUCAAAUAAUUUUACAAAGUGAAGGUUUUGGAAAAACUAGGCAAAUAUAUUUAAAUAAAGAAACAUAAGACAUGGUAUAAUAAUAAUAAAUGAGAAUUUUCGCCCUUUAUUUUAACCUUUUUAGUGUUUUCGAACUCGACAAUGACUAAUUAUCGAUUGAUUUGACCCCUUUUUUCGGAAACCCAGACUUAUAUAUAGCCGUAAAUUAACUACCGGAUGAUCCCACUAAUUUAUCUUCAUAUAAAUUUUCUUCAACCUCAAAAGAUGGAAUAGAAUCAUUAACUAUUUCAAAAGAUUCCAUUAAAAACUUGAAUAUGAUCGAUGAUGUAAUAUAUAUUGUAGUUUUUGGAGAGACAGCAUCUUCUUUUUCCCUAAUUGCCUAUUCUUCCAAUUAUUACGACCGAGGAUUAGACUUUGAUAUAGUUGAGUCUGGUUAUUUAUAAAACUCCGGAAUUAUUUCUUACCAACUUUUUAUCUAAAAAUUGAAUAAUGACACCUAAAUUACAGUCCAGGCGACUGCAAUAAGCGGAAGCAUGAACUUAUAUAUAAGAGAGUGUUUAGUUACCAGUGUUUUUGAAGAUUGCUUGAUAACAGAUAAGGAAAUAAAUGAAGAAAAAUUAUUAUAAAAAUCUAUAGAAAACCAAAAGGAUCAUAAAUUAACAAUAGACUAUAAUAUUGAUAGAUGUAGAGACGAAAAAGGCAAUAUGAGCUGUCUAUAUACUGUAGCUAUCUAAGGUAAAGGUAAAGGAGAAUCGCAUUAUAAAUUAAUGGCCAAAAGACCUAAGUAAUAAAUUUAAUUAGUCGAAAAUUAAAACUAUAGAGGAAUGAUGGACAUAAACACAUAAGAUUAUUAUAAAUUUAAUUUAAAUAAUAUUAUAUAAAAUACUGUACAUAAGGUAGUUUUCCAUUUCGUACCUAUUACAGGCUAUAUUACUGUCUUUUCUUCAAGACAAAAGCCUUUCCCUUAAGAUAUUGAUAAUUCAGAAGAUCUUUAUUCUAUAUCGGAAGAUGCCAUAGUAUAUUAAGCUAAAUAAAAUUCAUAGGAGGGUUUAAAAGGAAGCUUUUAUAUUAGUGUAUUAUCUUAGUCAGCUUGUAUUUAUAAUAUUUAUGUAAAAGUCUAUAGAAGAGAGAAUGAUGGAUAAAUACAAUCAGUUAUGAAAGAAAUAGACUUCGGAACAGUAGAGAAAGGCUAUGUAAUGUAUAAUAUACCAGAAUCUUUUUACUUUAAUAUUAAUAAAAGAACUGAUGUAAUUGAAGAAAUUACAAUUAUGGUCUAUUUUUCAAUUUUUAAAGACAGUGUAAUGGCAAAUAACAUAAAAUUAAAACCUAAUUUAGACUUAAAAUUCUUAGAAUCUUCUUAGUAAUAAAACGAAUAGUAAACUUUAAUUGAUAUUCCCAGUAUUAAAAAUAAUGAUUACUUAGCUUCGGACUUCGUAUAUAAAAAAUUCAAGCUUUUAGAAAAAGGCAAAAAGGGUUUAUAUAUGAUUUUAUUAAAUCAUACAAAUUAAAGCAUGAAAUAAUACUAAAUUUAAUUCUCAAUUAAUUUAAAUGCAAAAGAUAUUACAUAUAUAAUACCAAGAGGUGGGUAUAUAUCAGAUGUAUCUUUAUAAUCAAAUGACAAAUAUGAAAUGUAUUUAAGUGAGCCAGCUUAAAUAUACCUAGAAGUCUUCGAAUGUCUCGGAUAAGUACAAAUUAGAGCAUCUGAUUCAUUCUCAAAAGCCGAAAAUGAUGAAUUUAAUGUCAAAAGUAAGCCCUCAAUGAUUAUUGGAGAUCAUACAAUUGUUAAUUUCGAAAGAAAACAAAAAGGUCCUUUAUUUAUUACAGUUUAGCCUUUAUUAGGAGUUUAAUAUUUAAACUAAACGAAAGCUUUAUAUAUGAUUAUUCCACAUAUUAUGCCUUAGAACUAAGUUAUACCACAUUAAGUAUAUUAAAUACCAUCCAAUGGUUAAAUAAAUGCUAGUGUAAAGGAAAACUUUAAUAUUGAGCUUUAAUAAUAUAGCAAUACUAUAAAUAUAUUUUUCGGUACUAUUUAAUGUGCAAACUAAUGUAUUGAUUCGCUUUAUAAUGCUAUAGAAUAUUAGUAUACAGUACAUUUGACUAAUAAGUAAUAAUAUUUGCAAUAUUUUGCCAAAUGUGAGUUAGAAUAGGAACUUUUGAAUUCUUUAGGUUUAAAUACAACUAAUUUAGUAUAUGCAUAGAGUUAGAAAAUUUUCAAUUAAGGUGUUUAGCCAUUUAAUCAUACUUUCUAGUUUAUAGAUCUACCAAAUGGUACUUAUUAUGUUGAAAUUUAAGGUGUUGUUUAUCUUUAAUAACCUAAUAAUUUAAAAUAUAUGGAACCUUUUAGCUUUAUUUAUCCAUUCUAAUAAAUCACAGUAGGAAGUGAUUAAAUAUUUAAAAAUGUUACAAAAAUAAUUGAAACACAUACUUUUGAAAAAACUUAUAUUUUCCCAUUAUGGAUUAUGGUAAUUAUAGGCAUUUUGCUAUGCUUAUUGAUUAUAAUAUGCAUUUAUAAAUAAGUAAAAAUGUUCAUUAUUAGAAGAAAUUAUAGAAUAGCUAUGGCUAGAAUUGAUAAAGAAGAAGGAUAAAUUGAAAAUGAGAACAAUGGAGAUAAUAUUAAUGAUGAUGAUGAAAAAUAAAAAAACAUUGAUAAAAAAAAAUUGAAUUAAUGA